CGGCGCCGGGUCGCAAACUCGCAUGGCAUGGCCGCCGCGGCAGCAGCAGCAAGCAUGGGCGAGAUAGACGGCGAGGCUGUCCGGCCCAGAGUGAGCGAUGCGAAGGGAAUCCUGCGGCAGAGUCGGGAGUUCCUCGACUUCUUCUGGGACAUCGCGAAACCGGAGCAGGAGACGCGGCUGAAGGCGAUCGAGAGGCUCACGGAGCACCUGAAGACGAGCGAGAAGAAGAAUGAGUCAGAUGAGCUCAAGUACACCCUGAAGAGGUUGGUGGAUGGCCUGUCACACAGCAGGGAGGCAGCUCGCCCGGGCUUCAGCCUGGCCUUGGCGCAGGUCCUCGGUGUGUUUGAGGAGAUCCCGCUGCAGACAGCACUGGACCAAAUCAAGGAAAAGCAUGACCUGCACAAAGUAAAGAAGAAACUGGUGAGAAAUGCUGCGUUUGGCCGCUUCUUCGGUGUGCUCGCCUUGUCCCAGUCGACCCGCCUCCAUAAGGAACCCCAGGUCCUGGUUCAGUGUGUCCAGCUGCUGCAGAGCCUGGCCCAGUACAGAGAACACCUGAGAGACCUGCCCAGGAAGACCAUGGUGGACAUCCUGUCUGAGACCAACGAGGAGGUGUUUCAGGAGGUGCUGCUGGGGGCCCUCCACAGCGAUCUCUCGUGUGCUUUCAGCACCCCAGAGCAGCUGCAGCUCCUCCUCGUGGCCAUGCAGAGGUUUCCCGAUGUGCUCAAACCCAAGAAGCUGAAGAAGCUGCUGGGGACUGCGACUGUCAUCACCGAGGAGAACAUCCCAAAGUUGGUCGAGGUGUUGAAGAUGGCUGCCCGCUCGGCGAAGAAGGAGCACGUGCUUCCUGCCGUGGCCCUCGACCUGCUGCAGGUCUCGCUCAGGGAGGACAGAUUUGAGCUGUUCUGGAGGGAGGCCGUCGUCGGGGGCCUGCUCACGGACCAGGCGGGACCCAGCAGCUACAUGUGCUACCGGCUGCUGGCGAGCGCCCUGCCCCUGCUGCCCCUCCCGCAGCUGCGCCGCAUGCUCUCCGGGGAGGUGAUGCGACACUACGGCCAGCAUGUCGUGUCCGCUCAGCUUCCGGACCGCUUCAAGUUUGCCCCCGAGAUGGAGACUCGCGUGGCAGAGUUCCUGACGGGCUGCUCCGACGCGGAGAAGCAGCUGGCCGUCAUGGUGGCCUUCUCGACGCUCACGAACCAGGGAUACCCGGUGGUGCCGAGCUUCUGGAAGGUGGUGCAGAACCUCCGGCCGGCGGUGCUGCGGCGCUACGUGGACUGGCUGAAGGACACGUUCUGCCGACCGCAGCUGGACUCCUGCCUGGACUUCAGCACGCGGAGACAGCGGGAGAACCAGGAGGAGGGGGUGCAGGACAAGCAGUGUGUGUUCCGCCUGCGUAAGUGGAUCGUCCCACGACUCGUCUCCAUCGUGGAGAACAGCCAGGUGAAGAAGGACGAGGAGCUGGUCAUGGACAUUGCCAGAUUUGUCUUCUUCCAUGCGUUUUUUGACGUAAAGAAAUCAACCCCUGACAUACCAGAGACGGAGAGCACCCUGUCUGCGCCCCUGGACACCAGCACCCGGGACGUUGUGGCCAGUUCCUUCUUUGGCCUGCUGCAGCACCUCAACCACCUGGGCGCCCUGGGCGACUGCACUGAAGGGAUCGCUCCCCACGAGCGCCGUGUUCAGGGCGUCACGGCUGAUGGCAGCUUGUGGAUCUACUGCCUGGUCCAGUACGCCGACCGGCUCCUGAAACACACAAAGUAUGUGUGCUGCGCGCGACCUAUGACCCCUGACGAGAGGGCAGCCUGGGACAGCAUGCUGGCGUCUGUCGAGGCCCUUCGAAAGAGAGCCAAGGCCAAGAAGAUGCACGUGGGAGAAGCUUCGGCCUUCCAGCAGCUCCUCCUGCUCAUGGGCAUCUACCUGUUUAAGGCCCCCGAGGAGAGUGUGGAGCUGCUGCAGGACCUCCAGAACUGUAUGGCCAAAGCUCAGGAGAAAAAGGCGAGGAAGAAGAAGACGAAAGCAGCUGCUGGCGCCGCGGAGGAGGACGAGGAGCCCCACUGGGUGGAGGUCUUGGUGGAAAUCCUGCUUUCGCUGCUCUCCCAGCCCAGCCGCCUCAUCCGGCAGGUGUGCAACGCCGUCUUCAGCAGGAUCGCAGCCCACCUCACUCCGGCGGCUCUGCACUCCAUCUUGGACGUCCUGGACCCCAGGAAGGAGGGCGAGGGGCAGGACGCUCUGGUGGUGACGGACGAAAGGGACACGGACAAAAGGAGGAAGUGCAGCAGUGAGGAUGAGGAAGAUGAGGAAGAGGGCAAAGGCGAGGUCAUAACUAGUGAGCGUGUUCCUCAGAACGAGGACUCUGACUCUUCGGAAGAAUAUUCCGAUGACGAAUCCGUGGGCGACGAUGAGGAGGAAGAGGAGGAGCAAGAUGUUGACCAGAACUUCCGGCUGGAGCUGAUGAAGGUCCUGCAGGGCCAGAACGCUCUGGCCGCCAAAGAGGACGGCAGCGAGGACGAGGAGCUGGACGACGAGGCCAUGAUGAAGCUGGACGGCAGCAUCGCCACCCUCUUCGCCGAGCAGAAGAAGAGGAUUCAGGCCAAGAAGGAUGAGAAGGAAAGGCUGCGCAAGGAGAAGAUGCUUGUGAGGGACUUCAAGAUAAAGGUGCUGGACCUCCUGGAGAUCUUCCUGAGCAAGCAGUCGGAGAGCCCCCAGGUGUUGGGUGUUGUGGAGCCCCUGCUGGCCGUCAUGGAGAACGCCAUGAGCCGGGACACGAACCAGCAGGAGCAGGACUUCCUGCGCAAGACGGCCGACAUCUUCAUGAACCAGCUGUGCAAAGCGAAGCGCUACUGCAGGAACAUGGGCGACAUGAAGGAGGAGCUCCACGACAUGCUGGACAGGCUCGUGAGCCGAGCGCAGAAGCUCUCCGACUCCUCCGUGUCGCUCUACUACUUCAGCGCGUCCCUCUACCUGCUCAAAGUGCUACGCGGCUCGGUGUCUCCGUCGCUCCGUGGAAACGAGGAGGAAGCGUCCGCAGAGCAGGCCGGGGCCAUGGGUGCCGUGGACGUGGACCGGGUGACCGCUCUCUACAGGGGAGCCCUCACUUCCUUCAUGACUCACAGGAAGAGUUCCCUCUCCGGAGGGAUGUUCACAGAGCUCUUCACGCGCUUCCCAGUGCUGUGUGUGCGGCUCCUGGACACGGCAGCAGAAUUCAUAUCGGGCGGCGUGAGGCAGUACCAGCAGGGUGAGGCGUGUACCGUAGUGCUGAGGGGUCUGCAGACGCGUGACGUGCAGCAGCUGCUCCCGGACCCCCGCUGGAAGGACCUGUGUGAGAAGACACUGGGCUACCUGGUGGAGACCCUGAAGCCUGUAACAGAGUGUAAGCUCAAGGUGGACCAGGAGAAGGUACUCAAAGUCCUGGAGCUCAGCCAGUUCCUCCUGAAGAACAUCCGGCAGAAGGCGCUGUCGGUGAACCUGGAGCCGCUCAGAGACGCCCUGCUGCCCCUGAAGGAGGCCCACGGCUCCCACAGCUCCAGGAGACUCCAGGACACCUACUGGAACGUCCUGCGGCAUUUUGGCAUCCUCAAACCCAAAGGUGAGAAGAAAGAGAAGAGUAAGAAGGACACCGAGUUGCAGCCCCCACAGGGCUUGCGCAAGAAGAAGGGCUUCCUCCCGGAGACCAAAAAGAGGAAGAACCGCAAGAAGCCGGUGGUGCAGGAAGGGAAGAGCCCGGCAGGGGGGCGGCCGGGCUCCGGGGCCACUCCGAGGACCCCCGCGGGGGCCGCUGCACAGGACGAGCAGCACGAAAAGAAAAGGAGCAAGAGCAGUAAAAAGAAGAGGAAGCAGCAGGGCGGCGCUCAGGGAGCAGGAGCGACUCCCGCUAAGAAGGCCAAAGCAGAGUCUGCCGAGCUCCAGCAGCAGCAGAAGAAGAAGAAGAAGAAGAAACGGGAAGGAAAGGGUAAAUAAGGGUAAACUAACAACUGUGACUGAGUGACGAACGCUGUACUGACUGAAAUGAGGAGCUGCUUUGUGGUGCUGCGAUGCUCCUUUAGCCACAUGCUCUUUUCAGUAAAACACAGCUGCUUUGUCAGUAGACGCAGAUCCCAGGACUGCAGUUCCAGCAAAAUGGCGCAAAUAAUUUGGGCCGGUGUGGCUGCACCCCCCCACCCCCACCCCCACCCCCAACAGUUCAGCUGGGGUCACGGAGCCAAGAUCAGGGUUGGGGGAUCACCGGCUCCUGUCCCGUUUCAGGCAGAACUGUUGGCCCACGUGGUCUAAACUUGCAACCCAAGAUGAGGUCACUCACUUCAGCAGCACUAGCAGUGGGUUACCAUGGUAUACAUUCUCUCACUGGCUUUGCCCUCCCCUGCUCUGAGUUCUGACGGUUGUCUAUCUUGCUUCAGUCUUUGUGUCAAAUGUUUGUAUUUGAUACCUUUUUUAGUAGGCAGGACGCCCUGAAUUAAAGUUUCGCCAUGUG